GGUCUGAGCCCAAGGCCAUGCUCACGAUCUGUUAUAACGCCCCCUUGAAUUCUUUCUUUUUCUUUCUCUCCUAAUUGACUAUGUCCCAGUCCUAACGUUCUGCGUGAAAUCGUCGUUGACUCAAGCCUCAGCUUUAAUUACGGUUCCGCAUUUUCCAUUAUGGACAGUAAUGGCAGUAAUGGCAGUAAUGAGGCUCCCGCAGAUUUGGCUUCCAUCCUUGCCACUCUUGCAGCUCUGGCUCCGCAGAAAGGGCAGCCUAUUUCGAAUAUCACUCCUGGUAAUAGUUCCUUAAAUGCCAGAUCUUUCACAGAUACCCAAUCGAAUGCGACCCGAAGUGAGUAUCCGGAUCAUGUCUCGAUACGGAACGAUCCAGGCCGUUGCCCUACUACUUCUGAAGAAGCCGUAUAUAUUCCUCAAGGACGUCAGAGCUUUCAUGCACAACUGUCAACUCCUGAGCCUCGUUCAUACACCCCACCACCGAUGGAUCCAGCCACAAUCAUUGAGUGGCCACAGGGUCUUCGCUGCGUAACAAAGAUCGCGUCUCAGAAUCCGAUGUUCAGAACCAUCAUACGUAAAAUGAUGGCAGAACAAGAAAGGCACGAGACAAUGUGGUGGAAUGGUAGGCGUAAGCUACUCGAGAGUCAUGGGAACCCGUCAGCUAAGAAGAGAUCGGAUGCGGUGAACAAUGAGCUCAAGAGAUAUGAUCUAAAGGUCUACAAGGCCACCCAAAGCAUGGUUCAAUCCAUGUCCGGAGAGCUGAAGAGUCUCGGUGUGCCGUUCUUCGGCGUCAGAAAUGGUCUUGUUAUAUCUACGAGAUCUAAUUCGAAGAAGCAGCACGAGGGACCCCCGCAAUCGAUCACACCAGAGCAGCUUUUACAGCUUCAGCGGAAAAUGAUCGCACACCUAGUGGACAUGUACGGUCCAUAGCGUGCGUAUGCUAUCAUACUUUCUAGAAUACCUUUUUGGAGUCUAAGCCGUAAUUUUGAAGUACAGGAAGGGUGGGUGUAAGAUGAAUGAAGUUCCUCAGGUUCUGAGAAGCUGGCAAAGCCCAGUACUAUAUUAGACCUGUCAAAUAGGAGUAGACAAUUGUGGUGUAUAAGAACGUGGUAAUCAUAAGCGGCGAAUGAUAAAUUUCCAAUAGAGAGAUCUUGUAUCUUGUUAUCUGCUUAGCUGUGCGUGUACUAUUAUAUUCGCAACGGUGAACUGAGU